UCCACUCUCAGUUUAACGCCUCGUUGUAAAAUGGUCUAAAGCAGUACGUGCGCAUCGCUGUUGAAGCCACACAUGCUUUUUAAAAUGUUAUUGUUCAUGUUCUGGGCGCAUGUUUCUGUGCUGCAUGUGCUGUAAAUAAGAUAGCUCUUGAUUAUCUAAAUAUGGAGUAAUUAGAGUCAUUAGCUAAGUAGCUGAAUGUGAAUGUACAGGUCGGCGCUCUUCGGGGCGCCUCAUUAUGCAGGCGCAUUAAAAGAAAGCAGUGGGGGUCAAAUGGGUGGUUAAGGGCACGGACAAAAAGAGGGGCAGGGACUGAGAGGAGGGAUUCAAAUUUUAAGUGGUUUGUUGCCCCCAUUGUCAGAGGGUAUAUAGCCCGCACACCAAACUCCACGAACGUUUGGAGAGGUGGCGUCACCGAGAAGCUGCUUGAAGAACCGAAGGCAGAGACUUUGGAUUGCACCAUGGCCUCUUCAACCUGCAUUUGGAUUGUUUCAUUUCUCAUCACAGCGACGACAAGUAACUUUGGAGUAUUUGGUCGCGCGGUGGACACGCUGGAAUUUCUGUCACAGUUGUCCAAAACUCCGCACGAAUCCCCCGAACCAGCUUUACGCACGGCGGCGUCUCGGAGGAGGAUCGCGGAGGCGCACCGGGAGCGAUGCGCAGAGCUGACGGCACCUUGGCUGAAAAAUAUGCAACAAGCUCCCAGUGAUAAUGGAACACUGUUGCAGCUCCGUGUUCGUCCAUUUUCACCUGGAUCCUCACGGGGUUUGGUUUUUCCGGGAAAAUCUCUUUUCAACUUUAUGCGGCGGGUUUAUCGCUGCUGUCAGGAAGGAGUGAACUGCAGGAGCGUUAAAGGGAUUCAAGGCCUACUGAGAGCAGAUGCAGGCGUGGAGAUUGUCCUCACCAGGGAGAUUUUAUCACUGAUAGUUAGAAGAGCUGAGCUUCACCUUCACCUCUUCAACCCACAACAUCUGGACAUCCGCCCCAUGCUUCCAUCCAUGGCAAAGCGCAGCCUUCCUACGAGGUUCAGUCUGGGGUCUCGGGGUGAUGUGGUGGAGCUCAGAGUGGAUCUGCUGUUCCUUUUCCAUAGUCUGCAGGAGGUUUGGGGUGGCGCUGAACGCAGUGUCAGCUUGGUAAACAUGCGACGUGUGGGAUUUUUCUCCAACAGGGAUCCACUGGGUGAAAAGCCCUCUUUAACAGCUCUGAAGCAUGCAGACGGUGAUGGGUGGGGGGAUGGGGUGGCCAACACGCUGCCUGAUCUAGACCUGGGCUUGUUUCUGAGCUGCAGUCAGGCUGGAUCGGAGGUUUCCUGUGGAGCUGGAGGUGUUCACCUCUCACACAUUCCUUUCAUGGCUUUCUACCACAGAUGACGUUGAAGUCAGGACUUGAUUGUGUUCUGUAUGGGAACAUUUUGUCUGUUCAGUCUAACUAAAAAAAGACCGACAGCUGUCUCAAAACCUAAAAGGAAAUAAUGCACUUCAAUGUAAAAUCUAUUAAUUUAUAAAUGUGUUGCAAGCUUUAUAUUAAUGUGUAAAUUGUAAAUAUGGCAUAAUGUAAGUUUAUUGCGCUAUUCUUUGGUUAUUAAAACUCUAACAAUGGCUCAUG